AUGAAGAGAUUUCUCAAAGAGUUUUUUGCUGGCUCUCGGAGUGGUGAUGAUCAAUCUCAUGAAGCACCUCCCAUUGAAGAGUGGAAGAAGGAAGAUUUUGUCAAAUGGCUCAAAGAGAAGGAUUUUAAUGAUUUCAUCGUUGACUCCGUAAGAGAGAGUUCUUAUUUUGAUGAAGUGCUUGAUUUUACAAAACUCACUCUUCAUGAUUUGGUGGUGGUACUGCCCAACGAUUCUGCAGUGGAUGUUCUCAAUGCAUUGUCCGGUGAUUAUCCCUUGAUUUAUGAGUCUGUGAAAAUCAGUAAUAAUAAUAACUUUGAUAAUUAUUUACAAAGUUCUGAUUCGGUUCAUGUCGUUCGCAUGGAUAAUAUGACUCAAGCGCUUCAGAAUUUACCGAAAAGUAAUGCCAAUAGUAAUGGAAAAUAUCAGCAACGCACAAUCUCGAGCGAUUUAGAUUUCAACAAUAAGAAUCUCUCUCAAAGUACAAAUUACGAUGAUUCCAAUAACAAAUCUUCUCCUCGCAACUCCGAUGAAGAGGAUGUAUCAUCUCCGACCUCAUCCCGAACCACCUCUGUGUCAGCCAAACAUGUGGAAGUGAAUGCUUCAUUGAUUGAAAGCUUUUUACAGAGAAAGAGAAAAAUAUUUACUGAAAAGACAAUUCCCUUUUCGAAAUUUGACAAGGACUCGUGUCUUGCCAAAGAUAUUGAAUUUCCAGCAUGUCACAGUGAAGGCUUUUCAUUAACACUUCCCAAAUUUACCAAACUCUCUGCUCAAGAAAGCCAUUAUGUCGAGAAUAUUUUGGAGAAAUUGAAAGCCAUUGAACUGAGCUGUUCCAAUGAGAAUGAAAAAAUUGAAGAAAUUGCCCAAAAUUUGGCAAUACCUGAAAGAUUUAAAUAUAUUUAUUUAAACCCAGAAAAUAUUGAUAUCCAUGCAUUGGACAGCACAAAUGAAAAGCCAUACAUUACCAUUCAAUUGUUAUUGAACUAUAGAAGCGAUCUCAAGGACGAAGAAUACCCAGUAGGAGCCUUCUACUUUUCUGUCGCCAUUGGAUUGUUUUGCAUUGAAUGGAACGAUCAAAGUGUGGCUUGUGUUCGAAGAAAGGAUAUUACCAACUCGGAAUUUAUUGAAAUUGAAACCAUUUAUACGCUCUAUGAAAUUGAUGCUUUACUAACAACUGUGUCAAAGGUUUGCACAGAGUGGAAUUCUACAAGAAAAUUCGACAUCAAAAAGUGUAACCAACAACACUUUGUCGUUGACAUGCUUCAUCGGUUGAAUAUCAUGUCCGUCAUUAAUCAUAAUCGAUUCUAUGAAGCGACAGAAACAAAGAAAAAGAAGAGAACAAAGAUCAAGCAAGCAUUUGCUCCCUACCUUAAUUAUGGACACUUUGGCACGUGGAUUUCAAUUUCUGCAUCGUUAUGGUACAAAUUAUUGUCGAAAAGUUCAUCUGCGGAGUCUGAAAGCAACAUUAGUGAAGACUUAAAACAAGCAUUGUUCAAUGCCAUUUUCGAAGAGGAAAUUUUAACUCCAUCUACUGAAAUUGAUUUGACAAGCAUUCAGAACAACAUUUCUAACGAUGACAAACUUGUCAUUCUACACUUCCCUUCUUCAUCUUGCAUUAAAGAAUUUGGCUCAUUGACCACAAGUUUUGGAAUGAAAACUGAAACAGAACCAAAUUUCACAUUGUCUCUGUUGAGAGUUUUUUACAAAUCCAUGAAAUCUUCAACAACAGAUGAUGAAUUUCCUUCUAGCAACAGCACAACUGCACUCGUUUCUACCAAACCAUCUUGCUGUUUGACCGGAUACACACUUUCUCCACCCAGAAGAUGA